GAAGGAUUACUGUGCUCCAAGAUGUCAAGCAAUCAAUGGCGGGACGGUUUUGAAGAAAGAGGACAAUAUCACAGUUUGGUUUUGGAUUCGUUCAUCUUUACCAAAACGUGUUUGGAAAAAAUGCAUGGAGUUUAAAGAAAGAAACAAUGCAGGGAAAUUGGAAACAUGGCGUGUGGAAGAUGGAUUACGAAAAAAGGGUCCUUGUUCCUAUGGUGAAGAUGUCACAAUCAAUGAUGGGGUUGCAGUGGUUCCUGAUGCUCAAUCAAUGAACAAACUCCCAAAGAUAGAAGGACUUCUCUCCUAUCGAUCUGAUGACAGGGAAAUGUAUUUCAAAGAAAGAUCUCAAUGGAAAGCUUUGGCCACUCAGCAGGAUAUUGAAAGUGUCAUCGGCAGACUAACUACUAGACUUGAAAGUUUUCAACGGGCAGUAGAAAGUUUCAAACGCGUGACCAAUAAUAAGUUUGCAGGAGUAACUAAAGAUGUAAAAGUGCUGACUCAUUCAUCCUGCAAACAAAUAUGGAUGAGUCAAAGCAACCCUGGUAGUGGUGUUUAUCAAAUCAGCGUUGGACAAAAUCAAGUAAUGAAAGUUUACUGUCAGAUGUCGUCAGUCUCAAAUUGUUCUGGUGGUGGGUGGACGAUGGUGAUGAAAAUUGAUGGAAACCAGAGUACUUUCAGAUACAGUUCCAGUUAUUGGACAGACAACACCACGUACAACGACGAUGACGAUGGAAGAAACGGAGGUUUUGACAACCGAGAAUUCAAAGGAUCAACAUAUUGGAAAACUUCAUUCAAUGAGAUUUGUGUCGCGAUGAAAUAUGGUGGUCAACUCAGAGCCUUCUCUUUCUCGUAUCCAGCAUCGUCCUUGUAUGAUCUGAUCGCUGACGGCAGGUAUCGUCAGACUCACGUUGGCCGCUCUCAAUGGAAACAGCUCAUCCAUGGAUCAUCUUUACAGCACCAUUGCAAUAAAGAAGGAUUUAAUAUGUAUUUUGGCACAAGAUAUGUAAGAGUUCGGUUGGGCUUAGCCGCAAAUCAGCAAAAUCGCUGUAGUUCCCCAGACUCUUUCGUCGGCUUUGGAGGUGAUGGUAAUUUUCCAUAUUGUGGUUUAAAACAAGCUCCUCUUAACACCGCUGGUAACGUUGGUAAAUGUGGAGCAGACAACGGAGAUAAGAACGCCAGAGCAAUGGGAUACAUUCUCGUCCGUUAA